UUAAUGUCAGUUGUCAUUUUCCCCUAAUAAUUUAAUCAAAAUAAGACGAUUUUUAGUUGGAAAAUUCAAGUUUUUCACCGUUUUUCUGCUGAAAAAAUUUAUAGGGCACCAAAUAUGGCCGAAGCAGCGGUCGAGGAGCGGCCGCUCGCCCGUUUUUAUUGUCAUGUGUGCAACGUCGAAUUCCAAAAUGCAGCCAACAACUUUACUUGUCCACAUUGCUCUGAUGGGUUCAUUGAAGAACUGCAAGAAACCAGACAAGAAAACCCAGGACAUUCCGAACAAAAUUCCUUUUUUGAUGCCUUAGAUUUGAAUGAUGGCUUAGUUUAUACUGCACCAAAUAUGGAUGGAAGGUAUAGAGGUUUUCCAAGACCCCUAACACGGAUAGCCUCUUCAAAUCUUAGACAGCAGCUACCGAUGGAACAUCUAGUCCAUGAUUUCAUAAUAAAUUUGGGUGUGGGAGUCAAUAUGGGAGUGCCGGGGAAUGUGCAACUGUUCUUAGGAAAUCCUGGUGAUUAUGCUUGGGGCAGGGAGGGAUUGGAUGCUGUGGUGACACAAAUGCUUAAUCAGAUGGAUAGUACAGGACCCCCACCUCUAUCCAAAGCAGUCAUAGACGCUAUACAAGUGGUAGAAGUGUCCCAGGAACAAGUCAGCCAGAAUAUGCAAUGUUCAGUUUGUUGGGAGCAUUUUUCUUUUAAAGAACAAGUCAGGCAACUGCCUUGUUUUCACAUAUACCAUGAGCUCUGUAUAAGGCCUUGGUUAGAAUUACAUGGGACUUGUCCUAUAUGUCGACAGAAUUUAGGCGAAGGGGACGGGAGUAACCCUCAGGGUAGUGGUGGAGAACAACAAAACGGGAGUACGGCUAAUCAACAAGAUAGUGGAGUUUUGACUUUACCUAAUUUGUUACGUAGUCUAUUUACCGAAUUGAAUACUGCAACGUCGUCUAGGAGUGGUCAAACUGAACAGAAUAAUCCGCCGCCACCGCCUCCACCACAACAAAUGGAUCAAUCCAGUAACAGUAGUACUCCGAACUCGUCGGACGACGGUAACUUUUUCAUGUAACUUCUUUUCAACAGUUGACCGAAGCUUGGCUACUUUGAACUUUAAAAAAAUAAACGGAUUCCAAGUUGGAUAUUAUGACAUUUGCGUAUUGAUUAUGGAUGUCUUUUGACUCUGAAAAGUGUUUUUUUCCCGGAUUAUUAUAAUAAUGGUAUAAUUCUAAAAGGAAGUUAUUUGUUAAUUAUUACUUUUUUCAGUUGUCCUUUUAGAAAUACAUUUUUUUUUGUUUA